CUUUUACAGUUGUUGUUGGUGGUGUCUUUCUCUCAGGCAGAGGAGUUGGUCUGUAGGCACAGAGGAGAUCCUGAGAAUCCCCAGCUGUCUAAGGAUGGAGACAUUAUGUUGGGGGGGAUCUUUUCUUUCCACAGCAGCUGGAAAAACAGACAGGAUAUCUACAUGCACAAACCAAAGCCACUGCAGUGUACCAGUUUGAAUUUCAGAGCAUUCCAGUUCACCCAGGCUAUGCUAUUUGCUAUAGAAGAGAUUAACAACAACAUAGACAUUUUGCCUGGCAUAUCUCUGGGCUAUAAAAUCUAUGAUACCUGUGGCUCCAUUGCUAGAGGGGUGAGAGUUGCAUUGGCCUUGGCUAAUGGUAACGAAGAUGCAUUUGCACUCUCAGAGGCACCAUGUACCAGAUCAGCCCAAGUUCAGGCCAUUAUGGGAGAGACAUCUUCAUCUUCUUGCAUGGCUAUAGCCCCUGUCAUUGGACCCUUUCAUAUCCCACUGAUAAGUCAUUUUGCCACCUGUGCUUGUCUUAGUGAUAAAGUCAAGUACCCAUCUUUCCUAAGAACAAUACCCAGUGAUUACUACCAGAGCAGAGCUCUGGCCCAGUUGGUCAAGCAUUUUGGUUGGACUUGGGUAGGAGCAAUUAGAACAAAUGAUGAUUAUGGCAAUAAUGGCAUGGCCACUUUCACAGAAACAGCCCAGCAGCUGGGUAUCUGUCUGGAGUACUCUGUAUCCUUCUUUAGAACUGAUCCACCAGACAAAAUACAAAAGAUAAUUAACAUCAUCAAGAUUUCCACUUCUACGGUGAUUGUCACUUUUCUCUCUCACAUGAAUAUGGAUGUGCUGAUACAUGAAUUGUCUUACCAUAACUUGACUGGGUACCAGUGGGUUGGCAGCGAGAGCUGGAUCUUUGAUUCACAAACUGCAGCUAUGGAUAGAGAUCAUAUUCUCGAUGGUGCCAUAGGCGUGUCCAUCCCCAAAGCACAAGUCAGUGGCAUGAGAGAGUUCAUGGUGGAUGUGAAGCCACUCAAUACAUCUAAUAAUCAAAUGUUUACAGAGUUCUGGGAGACAUUAUUUAGCUGUAAGUUCAAGCAGACAAAGUCAGCAACAGGGAAUCAGAGAAAAUGUACUGGAGAUGAAGAUCUGACUGAAGUGCACAAUAGCUUCACUGAUAUGUCACUCAUGCCUAUCUUUAACAAUGUCUAUAAAGGAGUGUAUGCUGUGGCUCAUGCACUUCAUAAUAUUCUUGGCUGUAAUAAAACAUGUCACACCAAUGUGCAGCUAGAUCCAUUCAUGAUUUUACAACACAUAAAAAAGAUUCGAUUCAAAACUAAGGAAGGAGAUGAGGUUUACUUCAAUGAGAAUGGAGACCCAGUGGCAAAGUAUGAAAUUAUAAACUGGCAGCCAACAGAAAACGGCACUGUGGACUUUGUGACAAUUGGUGUUUAUGAUGCAUCUUUACCUGCAGACAAACAGCUGAAUAUGCUAAAUAAGUCUUUAAUUUGGGCAGGGAACUCAUACUACGUGCCUUUCUCACUUUGCAGUGAGGAGUGUCCCCCAGGAACACAAAAAGUUCUCCAAAAAGGAAAGCCUGUCUGCUGCUAUGACUGUAUAAGUUGUGGAGAGGGAGAAUUCAGCAACAGUACAGAUUCAGCAACCUGUGAUAGCUGUCACCCUGAAUACUGGUCAAAUGAGUUUAGAGAUGGCUGUGUAAAAAAGUACAUAGAGUUUCUAUCAUAUGAAGAAAUUAUGGGAGCGCUGCUCACAGCAGCAUCCUUAUUUGGAACAUGUAUGACUGCUGCUGUGGCGUUCAUUUUCUUCACAUACAGGAAAACUCCAAUUGUAAGAGCCAACAACUCUGAGCUGAGCUUCCUGCUGCUCUUCUCCUUGACUCUGUGUUUCCUGUGUUCUCUGACCUUCAUAGGUCAGCCGUCUGAGUGGUCGUGCAUGCUGCGUCACACAGCGUUUGGCAUCACCUUUGUGCUCUGCAUCUCUUGUGUUCUGGGGAAAACUAUUGUGGUGUUAAUGGCCUUCAGGGCUACACUCCCUGGCAGUAAUGUGAUGAAAUGGUUUGGGCCUACACAGCAGAGACUCAGUGUUCUGGCUUUCACUCUCAUACAGGUUGCCAUAUGCAUCCUCUGGUUAGCAAUUUCUCCUCCUUUUCCUUUUAGGAAUUUUAAAGAAUUUAAAGAUAAAAUCAUCUUAGAGUGUGCUCUGGGAUCAGCGAUAGGCUUUUGGGCUGUGCUUGGCUACAUAGGAUUUCUGGCUAUGUUAUGUUUCAUUCUUGCUUUUCUGGCAAGGAAACUACCUGAUAACUUUAACGAAGCCAAAUUUAUUACUUUUAGCAUGCUGAUAUUUUGUGCAGUCUGGGUCACCUUCAUCCCAGCUUAUGUCAGCUCUCCUGGGAAAUUCAGUGUUGCUGUGGAGAUAUUUGCUAUACUGGCCUCCAGUUUUGGAUUGCUCAUAUGUAUAUUUAUUCCAAAAUGUUAUAUCAUUUUACUGAAACCAGAGAAGAACACAAAAAAGAAUAUGAUGGGUAAGGGUGCACCAAAAGCAUUAUGA